CAUCAGAGAGGCUGAAUGUCUGCAGGACAUGCUCAUGUUUUGUCUACCCAUGUCCUUUUAUUAAAAAUUAUCUAGAACUUUCACAUAGAUGCAGAGAUCAACUUUCAGUUUCACACGUAAGGUUUUAUGACAAAACCACAGGUCAGAAAUCAACAGGACAGAUGACUUCAAUUUUGUGAAGCAGUGUCGGUCUCCACGCAAACGUAUCUGUAGGUUAGGAAGGCAUUUAUACUCAGUGUCUUAUAGCUUUUGUCCAUCCACAAAAUAUCAAAGGGACAGUAGGUUAUUAUAGACAAAUCUCUUUUGGUUACUCUAAAUUCACAUCCCUCCAUUUUUUUUUGUGAUCGACUCUAAAUAAUCACAGCCAUGUGGGAGUUCCGGUCCAUGUCUUUUUGGCGGGCUGUGUUUGCCGAGUUCUAUGGCACAAUGUUCUUCGUAUUCUUUGGGCUGGGAGCAGCUCUGCGCUGGACCGCCGGACCACAAAAUGUGCUCCAAGUUGCCUUUUGCUUUGGGCUGGCAGCUGCCACACUCAUCCAGUCUAUUGGCCACAUCAGCGGUGGUCACAUCAACCCAGCGGUCACAUUUGCCUACCUGAUCAGCUCCCAGAUGUCCCUUUUUCGUGCUUUCUUUUACAUCUGUGCUCAGUGCUUGGGUGCUCUAGCUGGAGCUGCUGUGCUGUAUGGGGUCACACCAAACAAUAUGAGAGGCAAUCUGGCCCUGAACACGCUUCAGCCAGGCAUCAGUCUGGGAAUGGCUACUACCAUAGAGAUAUUCUUGACUUUGCAACUUGUGAUCUGUGUCUUCGCUGUGACGGAUGAGAGGCGAAAUGGGCGACUGGGAUCUGCUGCCCUGUCCAUUGGCUUCUCAGUGCUUUUGGGCCACCUGCUGGGGAUGUAUUACACUGGAGCUGGAAUGAACCCUGCUAGGUCUUUCGCCCCUGCUAUGCUCGUUAGGAACUUCAUAAACCAUUGGGUGUACUGGGUGGGCCCUAUGAUUGGUGGUGCUUUGGGUGCUCUGCUGUAUGAUUUCUUGCUCUUUCCACGCAUGCGUGGUCUAUCUGAGCGAUUGUCUGUGCUUAAGGGCAAUCGGCCCCCUGAGGCUGAAGCCCAGCAGGAGACCAGAGGGGAACCCAUUGAGCUCAAAACACAGGCCCUAUAAACACUGCCAGAAAAUGUUGGAUAACUUACGCAAAACGUGCAAUCAUUUCACACACCUUAUCUCAACACAAUGUCAACAUACCAACUGCAUCAGCCUUAGGGGGAAACACAUACGCUUCCAAAGGCAAUUAAGACACUGGAACCCCUUCCGAAGGACUAAGAAUGAGGGUAAGAAGAGGAACUGUGGACUGCACUCUGUACCAGCAGGUGUAGGGAGUGAGCUAGGGCCUGCUGAUCAGGUGGCUAACACUGUUUAUGCCAGGGGCUUCUUUGUCAUUUCUAGUCUACUAUGAGUGAACUACACUAGAAGUGGACUUUGCAUACUUUCCAGUUUCACAGGGUUUAAAAAUUACUCAUUUUUUCAUUUUUAUAAUUUUCUUUGAUAUUUCAGCAACAUGACACGUGUAUUAUAUUAUUAGCAUUUUGCAAGUUUACUUUUCAUUCUACUUAAAGUCUACUUUACAUUACUCAAUUGUGUGUGCGUGUGCGCGCAUGUGCGUGGUGUGUGUGUGUGUGUGUUUUCCCGAAAGUUUCUAGCUUGGCUCUUCCAUUUCCACCAUCCGCCAUGUGAUUGUAAAAAUGCGAUGUUCCGAUUUCACAAAAUGAAGGAAUUGAUUAACAGCUAAAUCUGACAUUAAUCCUUUGGGAAUUUGGAUCCCUAUUUGAGUUUGUUUCAAUCUGUUGUAUCGAUGACCUGUGGCCUAAUGGCCCAGGAUGUGUUUCUCUAAAAAAAACACAGUCUCACCAUCAUUCAUUUAAAAAAUAAAAAACUAACAAAUACACAAAACAAGUCUAUUAUUCGAUCCUAACUUUUACGUUUAUCUUUUACAUAUUUUCCCCCAUAGACAUUUUCAAGUACCUCCAAAUAUAUUAGGGAUUACAUUAUUGUGCAAGGCUGUUUAAUUUGUACUGUUUCAGGCAUUUUCAUUGAAUUAAAUCUUUUGUUUUCUGCUAAAUGAAUCUGCAUGCAAAGAUUUUCUGUUUAGAUUAGUGGGUUUGGCAUUAUUUUGUGUGUAAAUAGCAAGUUAGGAAAAAGCAAUCAGAUUUUGUUUAGGACAAGAGAAUAUUUGUGUAGUUCAUUGUGGAGCAAUGUAAAACUUCACUAAUUUGAGAAGAAGUGAAUCAGAAAACAACAUUAUACAGUGACAUUUACCAUUUCCUUGUUUCACUGUAGAGGUGAAUAUUUCUGUUUUUCUUUCAUCUUUAGGGCAUUUGACUAAAAACGAGGGUAAAUCAAAGUCAACUCUUCCUCAGUCUGAGGUUACAGGACUGCUGAGUGACAAAAAUGUCUGGAUUACUGUAGCGUGUGUUGUAUUGGGUGGUAAAUGCACAUUGAUAUUCUUGUAGCUUUUGGAUCUGAUAGAAUGAAAAGGCAAUCCCAGGUCUUCUGUUGCCAUUUCCUGCACUCUUUCCAAUUAUUCACUUGCCUCUUCUGAUCCAAGACCUCACUGAUGAGAGGGAAGACGAGAUUUGGUUGAAAGAUCAUCAAACCUUACUGAUUCAGUCAGAUCCAGUGGCGCUGUAAGCAUUCUGCUUAACUGCUUGAAGACAUUUAAUUAAAUGGACUUUCUGAAACGUCAUUGUUUACAUGAAAAUCAGAAUUUUGUACACAAAGUGUUAUGUAAAGUGUAAAGGUUUCU